AUGCCUAUCAAAGGACUACUGAAGGGCAAAACCGCACUGAUUACAGGGGGCACAACUGGCAUUGGUCGAGCGAUUUGCUUGCAAUAUCUGAAGCAAGGGGCGGAUGUGCUCGUCAACCACCUCGGUUUAGAAAAGGAUCAGGUCUUUUUGGACUCGCUGAUAGCGGAGGCCAAUAGAUUACGACAAGGGGACUCUGAAUCGGGUCUACUUGCGCACGAGAUCGGUGACGUGCGGCAUCAAGAGACGGCGACCAAAUUAGUUGCCGCUACUGUACAGCACUCUCGCGACGGCCGUCUGGAUAUUUGCGUUAGCAAUGCAGGGGUCUGCACAUUUGCUGAUUUCCUAACACUCUCGCCGGAUCUUUUUGAAAUGACAGCCAGGACGAAUCUGGAUGGGGCAUUCUACAUUACUCAAGCGGCAGCUCGACAGAUGGCUCUUCAUCAGGAACCAUCGGGUGGCAGCAUCAUUGGAAUGUCCUCCAUCUCCGCUUUGGUUGGAGGAAGCCUUCAAACUCACUACACUCCCACAAAAGCCGGUGUCACUAGCCUCAUGCAGAGCACGGCGGUGGCUUUGGGUAAAUAUGGUAUCCGGUGCAAUGCGCUUCUGCCAGGAACUAUCCGCACCCAGCUAAAUGAAGAUGAUCUUGCCGAUGAUGGCAAGAGAACAUACAUGGAAGGGCGCAUUCCCCUUGGUCGCACUGGAAUCCCAGAUGACAUGGCAGGCCCUGCCGUCUUCCUCGCUUGCGACGAGUUGAGUGCCUACGUGACGGGCGCUCAAUUGCUUGUCGACGGUGGUCUCUACGUGAAUCUACAAUGA